UCUCUUCAGACCUCAAAGGGAAAAUAUCAAGCAGAAGAAGGGAGAGAGGGAGAAGAAGGGAAAGUGCGAGAGAGAGAGAGAGAGCGAGGGAAGGGAAAGAUGGCUAGUGAAUUCAAAAAGAAAAUGUUCUGGAGGGCGGUGGUGGCUGAGUUCUUUGCCAUGAGCCUCUUUAUUUUUAUCAGCAUUGGCUCGGCUCUGGGUUUUAGUUUCCCGGUUGUGGGCAACAAAACGUCCACAAGGUCUCAAGACAACGUGAAGGUCUCGCUGGCUUUUGGGUUAUCCAUUGCUACCAUGGCACAAAGUGUGGGCCACAUCAGCGGUGCCCACCUGAACCCCGCGGUGACCCUGGGCCUUCUGCUGAGCUGCCAGAUCAGCAUCUUCAAGGCGCUCAUGUACAUCAUCGCUCAGUGCCUGGGGGCAGUGGUGGCCACCGCGAUCCUCUCGGGAGUCACCUCGUCUCUCCCAAACAACCUCCUGGGGCUCAACGCGCUUUCAGAGGGAAUCAACGCUGGCCAAGGACUAGGUAUUGAAAUCAUCGCUACCCUUCAGCUGGUGUUAUGUGUGCUCGCCACCACAGACCGGAGAAGAAAUGAUGUCUCGGGAUCAGCACCUCUGGCCAUUGGACUCUCCGUUGCCUUGGGACACCUUCUUGCUAUUGAUUACACUGGCUGUGGAAUUAACCCAGCGAGAUCUUUCGGCUCAGCGCUGAUUGCCAACAAUUUUGAAAAUCACUGGAUCUUCUGGGUUGGGCCAAUUAUCGGAGGAGCAAGUGCUGCCCUCAUUUACGACUUCAUCCUGGCUCCCAGAAGCAGUGACCUGACUGACCGCGUGAAGGUGUGGACCAGUGGCCAAGUAGAGGAGUAUGAUCUGGAAGGAGACGAUAUGAACUCCAGAGUUGAAAUGAAGCCAAAAUAAAGAAGGACAAACGGGGGGGGGAAAAAGCACGUCAUUGAUUUCUGAAGAUUUUAUCAGUGUUAUAGACUCUCUGUAAACCAGCAAGCAGUACUUUGUUUUUUAAUUCAAUAUGAUUUUCCAUUUUUUUGCCCCCAAUCCUUAUACUAUUUUUUUAUAUCUGAGGUUUUUCCACUACAAAGCCUUCUGGCCAAGAAGUCAUCAGAUACUUGAGCCAGAGCUAAAUAAACGGGAUUAAAAUAUAACACUUCCCUCACCGCCACCAAGUUUUCUGGUGUCUGUAGUGUGGGUUGUUCUUCAGCUCAUCGCUCAGUAAUGAUAAGUAGUUCAAAUGACCGAUCUGUUUGCUGAAAGAAUAGGUAUCUAGGACAAAGAGUCAUCAGUACCAGUAAUGGGGGUUUGAUAACCAAUACCAGAAAAAGUAUUUAUGCAGAAAUACAAGGUGAUGUAAAAAGCCAGCAGUGUGUGUGAAAAAUUAUUUCUAAUUAUUGCCCAACAGCAUUUUUGGGAAAGAAAAGCCACUAAAAAUUGUUUAUUAUGUAGAAUGAACCCUAGUUUUCUGGAUUAUUGAUAAUCUCUGAGAAAGAGACCAGAAAUAUUGUUAGGAAGGCCAAAAAUCUCCAAGGUCGCCGGAUCCUUUUACAUUUUCCAGUCUUUCAUUCUCCCUGAACCUGCACGCAGCCCAUUAUGAGGGUAGGGAAUAAAUAAUAACAAAAGUACAGAUACAUGAAUUCCUGGAAGUAAUAACUAGAAGUCAAUUUGGAGAGCAGUGAUAACAACGGCAACAAGAACAACAUGCUGCCAAUAUGUAAACAGGAUCUGAUUGUUCCUGUGGCUUCUUUGCCUUUGUUCAUCUUACAUAAUUUAACUCGAUCUUUAAAACAAACCGGGAAGAAAAAGGCCCCUUUCUUCCUGACCCCAUUUUGAUAGCUAGUACUAUGAAAUUCAGGGACAAUGACUAGAUAUACACACAGUAGGAUUUCUAACGAACAGCAAAUAAACACUUGUGUGUAAGUCCAUUUUGGGGUCAUUGUUUAUAUAUAUGUUUUAUACAGAAAGCCUAGUAUACUGUUUUGUAAGAAAAUAAGAGCAGAAGACAAGUGAAAAGAAUUACAGAAGCGCUUAGCAAAAUAAAUGACACUGGAAACGUAAAGAAAACUAACAUUCUAAAAAAUGUGGACAGUUAUUUUCUGUUUUCGUUUUUGUGUGUGUGCUACUUUCGAUUUCCUGAGUAACCCAUAGGAGUAGCUGGUCUUUUAUACUAACUGUAGAAUAUAGCUAAAUCGGAUAGGUGCUGAUACACUUGUUCUGCACUAAAUAAUUUUACGUAAGAAAUGCAGCCUGGAGAAACCUACAUUAAAAGCUAUACACUUGCCAUUUAGACAAGGGAUAGUUUGAUGGCUGUCUCCUGUUAGAGAGACAGCGUGGACACGGAAACCCAGAGAGAUUUAUACGGGUUAGCUUAUUUCAUGAGGUUGAGCAACGUACAAUGAAAACAAAGAAAUUCGAAACACCGACAAAGCAAAACAGAAUACUUGUUUUUUUCUUGCCUACAUUUGGUAUACUAUCCCGUGUAUUGUUUUAUGUAAAUAUGGCAUGAUUGGAUUUUGGAGUGGUUGAAAAAUAAACAAAAUCAGUUGUGCUAACAUA